AUGGAGCCAGAGGCCUACUCUAAAGAUGCUUCAUCAGCACCACCAGCAGGGCAGCAGCGGUGUAUUUACAGCUCUGAAGUGAGCGGUAUCAGCAGCCACGGCAGCGAGUGGGGGCAUUCUGGGAUUCCUGAGGAGGCUUUUGCACCCGUCAGGACCUUCCUGCUGCACCUGCUGGUGCUGCUGCAGGGGGCCCCUCAGGGUUCUUCCCGGGUGUCUUCUUUGCAUCAGUUGCAGCAACUCUGCAUGCCCAAGCUGGUGCCUCCGCAAUCCCUGCUGCUGCAGCAGUUACGACAUCUGAGGCCCCGUUUGCUGCAAAUGGAGGAGGCAUCGUCGGCGGACUGCAGAACCAAACGCUGCGCUUGCGCAGUCCGCAGUUGCUGUUGCUGCCACAAAAGUCACAGUGACAACGGCCAUGACGCAUGUCUUGGUGCAGACGGAGUGGAGGCUUCGGCUUCUAUGGUGGCUCUGUGCGCAGCAGCAGUGGGGCCUCCGCGCAGCAGAGUACCGCCAUUCGGGGUUCGCCGAAGUCUUCUUCUGUCCUUGCGGGAUAUUAAGAGGAAAUCGGAGUGCUUGCUGAGUUGCCCGGUAAUCCCUUCGAUGGCGGCAGCCUCUGCAGCGGCAAGGAGAGCGGCGUGGUGGAGUCUGGAUGCCGUUUCCCUAGCCGCGGGGUGCCCAGAGACGGGUGCAUGCGUAGCAGCAGCAGUGACAUCAGCGGUAGUUGGAGCCGGUGACGCAGAUCCGUGGAGACGUGGCUUGGGGGCGAUCCCCGAGUCUCUGUGGUUCGCUGCCGCUGCGCGUUUUCAGCGCGUGGUGAAUGUUUGGGGUCACCAGCAAAUGCCUGAAGAGGAAAUGCGUCUGAUAAGUCUCAAUCCACACCAGCAACACAUUGUUAGAGACCCUGCUGCCGUCUAUGUCGUCCGAUUUGUGCACUCCGGGAGCGUCCUGCUGACUGGCGGGGUGGAUGGCUUGAUCAAGGCCUGGGAAGUGAGCACUGGGCAACUGUUGUAUUCUCUGUUGAAGCACGACGGCGACAUUACCGAUUUAUCAGUCCAUCCUAACGACUCCCUUGUUGCGUCUUGCUGCGGCAGCGGCAAAGUGCGUUUGUGGCGCUUGCUGCCCUCCUGGUGGCUUAGCGUGGGCUGCAUAGACGCGGGCAGUCGAGUGACCCUUGUCAAGUUCCUCACGGCCUCAUCUCCUGCCGGAGUUGCCGCUGCAGCAGAAGCCGCAAGGAAGGCGAGCUGUACGUCCUCUGACUCUCCUGAUGCGGCUGCCGCUGCAGCCACAGCGGAAGCUGCGGCAGCCGUCGCAAAAAGCCGUGAGGAAGCUGAGACGGCAGCAGCCGCUCAAGAGCUCCUUUUGGUGUGCAGCGACAGAGAUCUCCGCCUAUAUUCCCUUCAGCAGCUCCUAAGCAGCAGUGCGGGAAACCCGGGGGGCCUCCUGUCGGUGGAGCCUCUCCAGCGCUACCCAUGGGGCCCUGCCUUUUUUCCGCAUGCGAUUGACACUACCAAGGUCGGCUGUGGUGGCCCUUGGGGGCACCUGGUCGCUCUUGGAUUAGACGAGGAUUCUUCAGCUGAAGAAAGCAGCGACGAGGAUGGGGGCCCCUCUUUUUCCUGUGUGGGGCCUCGCCGACUGCGGCGUAGGAGCAGCAGCAUGGUUGUUUACCCAGGUUCCGCUCAGCAGCAGCAACAGCAGCAGCAGCAGAAGAAACGGCCGAAGCGGCGCAGCAAAACGCUGGUGUUCGCCAUGCCGUCUGCGGCGGACCUUCCCAAACUAAGAGCUGCCGCUGGAGCCGACAUUUUCCCAGUCUUUGCGGAUCUUUCGUCUUACCAUGAUGCCUUUCCUGACGUCUGCUUCGCCAAUGGCUCCUCCGACCUUGCCACUGCUUCAGACGACGGCGUCUUGCUGCUGUGGCGGAUCUCAGCAGCUGCUGCUGCUGCCGCUGCAGAUGCAGUACAGGCCGCAGCAGAAGCAGCAGAGGCAGCAGCAGCCUCGGCUGCUGCUUCCAUGGGCUUCCAGGCGGACGAUGGUGGCGCUGCUGCUGCUAUGGCAGCAGCAGCAGCAAGUAGCAGCAUGACUUACGGUUCUCUUUCUCUUGGGAGCCCUGUCCUGGAAGCGGCAAAGAUUAAAAGGAUAAGCCUUGUGUCGCUUAUUAGGGAGCGUCUGGCCUCGAAUUUCUACUCGAAGGCGAAGCCAGGAGACUCGUCUACCUCCUUGCAGUUCCUUCCAUGCACACAGUCAUCUCCAGGUUUAGGCACACUGGAAGCAGUGCGUCUUGCCUGCCCUACGAAUGCGCUAGCAGCAGCAGCCACUUCUCCUCUGGAUUACGGAGUUUGUGGGGUCUGCUUCUCGUCUAACGAUGCGCUCUUAUGCAUUGCAGACAAAGUAUCGCCUGCCCGUCGUGGCGGCUCUCGAGGAACCCCUCAGUCCCCUGAGUUUUGUGUUCCACUAGAUUGCGGAGUCUCAGUCUUCUGCUCGACAACAGGGCAUCGUGUAGGCGACGCCCUUCACGGAACCCUGAAGCGCUCUGUUUCUCUCCUGAGGCCUCACCCUGCUACUCCAGACAUCUUGUUGGUGGCUUCGUACGGCGGAGAUGUGUGCCUCCUCUCUUUAGCCGACGCAGGAGCUCUCGCGAGUUCUUCGAGGGAAGCCGUCUGUGACGGACGGCUUCCCAGAAGCACCGCAGUCAACUGCUCCGUGCUCAAGAGGCUGCGACUAGGAACGCAGUGCUGCUGGCUCGAAGGAGAGUGGGGCCCUUCAGGAUUUGCUGCUGCCUUGGCGCAUCGCUUUGGAUGCGUCUCCUUCUUCGGAUGCGGAGAGAUGCCUGCCUCUGCCGCCACGCUGAGAGAACAGUUUCUCUCCACCGAGUUCGUAUCCACCACUGAGACGCCUCAGGGGGCCCUCAUAGACAGCGGCAGCGGCCUGCCCCUCCCACUGCUUCCCCGAGGGGCGCUCCUCGAUGCGGGGGGAAGGAGCUAUCCCUUUCACUUGCAGCCACCUCCCCCUUGUGUCGAGUCGCUGUCCAUCGGGUGUACAAAUACACACUUGUACGCUGCGUGGAGACAGCUCUGCUGCUCCUGCACCAGCAGCAGUAGCAGCAGCAGCAGCGGUGCCGCCAGGAUCAGGACCGCUCCAAACCUCCAACUCCUGCCUUGCCGCUGUUGCCCCCCCCCAGACGCAUGCACCAAGUGUCUUGUCUGUGGGGUUCCCUCCUGCGAAGGGAAGCUCGCCGUCCGCAGCAGCAGUAAUCGCGGCACAGCCUUCGAGUCGGCUUUCCCUACUUCCGGUGACCCUCGAAUGGACUGGUGUCGCACAGCCGCUGGACUUCGCCGUCUGUGGCGGCAACUGCCAGCGGAUGCCCUCUUGUUACGCACUAAACUCUCUCGCCAGCUGCUCCAGCUAGCAGCAGCAGCUCACGCAACUGCGAAGGGGCCUCUUGACAGCAUUUCCCAGACGCUCAAAGCCCUAGCGGUUGCCUCGCAGAGGCAGUCAUCGUUCGCGCAAUGGGGCACCCCCCUUGGACACCCCUCUCGCUCACCAACACCACGAACACCAGCACCAGCACCAGCAGCAGGGGGUCGGCAGUAUCUCUAUGAGGGCUUUGGGGACGUCGCUGUCUCUGAUCCACACCGCCGCUACGCCAUCCUACUCAAGCACAGACUGGAACAGCGUGCCUUGUGGGAUGCGCAGCGAUGUACUCCUAAUGGGAACAUAGAAAUCUUACGAGGAUAUGCACGAGCAGUUGUUGCCUCUCGAGAGGCCCCCCUUCUUGUGCGGGCUCCUCUGGAGAUGGGCUGGGGACGCUUGCAGCAGCAGCGGCAACACCAGGGUGGUGUUUCUACUGUUCGAGGCAUCGGGAGACGAGAGGCUUUAGACGCUAUUCCCUUCUCUCGUGCGACAGGCGAAUUCGAAGAUGAGCCAGCAGUUGCCGCAGGGGGCAGGAGUCGCGUGCAGCGUACUGCUGCUGCCGCUGCUGCUUCACGGCGGAGUAACCGUACAGCAACAGCAGCAGCGAGUGGACGCCGCUUGCGUGGAGGCCCCUCUUCUGCAGAGGCAGAGGAGUCUGUUCAAACCACGGGUAGACGCCAGAGGCUGGUGGGAGGGCCCCCUAGGAGGUCUGAGAGCUCAUCACCGAGUAGUGAAAAUAAUCCCAGAGAUGCACAGUGGGGAGCUGAUAUGUUGUCUCCCCAUAGAUAUCGCAGGGUUCGGCUCGACUCGACUUCUUCCUCCGCCUCCUGCAGCAGCAGUACCAGCACAAGCAGCAGCAGCAGCACAAGCAGCAGCAGCACGAGCAGCAGCAGCGAGACGGAUGCCAGGGGCUUCUCGAUGCGUGGGCUAUCCGUUACAGGAGCAGCAAGAGCAACAGGAGCAGGAGGAGUGCCAGUCACACGACGCCGCAGAGGAAGGCUCCGUCGCAGCCUCGUAGAAUCCCCCCCUCCAGAGGAGAGGGGGCCUAGUCAGCGCCGUAGCUGCCGUCUCGCAGGCACCUCCGCUGUGGAUGCCAUGGCAUUGUUAGCCGAUCCCUCGGUUGCAGACAGCAGCAGAAGAGAGCUGCUACGCUUAGCAGAUCCGGACGAGCUAAAAUUGGCCAGAAAACACCUCACGCUGCUCCGCAGGCGAGAGGCUGCUGCGGCAGCAGCAGCAGACAGCAGCAGACUUCCACCGCAGCGGAUCGACGUCGUUUCUCGCUGUCUCCAUCUUCGGUAUGCUGGGAUGCUUCCCUUUCCUUCGGGGAGCCUGAUGCCGGUGAAGGAGCUGUUAAGGGUGCAGCAGCAAGCUGCUGCUGCUGCGACACAGGCAAGCCAAAGCGGAGUGACGCAGCAGCAGCAGCUGCUGCUGCACUUGAUACAGCAGCAGCAGCAGUGGAUCCGUAUCCCCUCCAGUAGCAACAACAGCAACAGCAAGGAGAUACCAGCAGGAGCAACGCGAGAAGCGGAAGAGCACGUGGCAGCCGGAGCAGCCUCGCGAACCGAAAAGCCUGUUGCAGGCUGCCUUAUCUGUUGCCAGGCCCACAAGUGCGCCCUUUGCGGUGCUCGCGGCACUUCUGUCUCCUCUCCCCCUCCGUCUCAACGGGAAAUACAGCUGGGAGAGCUCGUGGGGCCCUUUCGAGUGUAUGCGGAGGACGAUACCAGCAGCGGAAGCAGCAACGUUGCGCAGCAGCCGCAGCACAGGUCGGGUGCAGGCGGCUUAUGGCUCCACAUCAGAUGUCUGAUGAGCAUCUCUGGCCUGCAAGCAGAUAGGCAUUCGCGAGGCUUCUUUAACCUAAAGGAGUUGGUGGCUACGGCUGUAAAGCGCCGCUGUGGACACUGCGGCUUAGGGGGGGCUGCUGUUCAGUGCUGUGCUCCUGGAUGCCUCCUGUUCUUCCACUAUGCCUGCUGCUCUCUCGCGUACCUGGUGCCAAGCCUUGCGACCGAAGGCGCUACCAAAGGAACUAUCCCAGACCCUCUCUACUUCGGUAGCUACUUGUGUCUUGCCUGUCGAGCGCAGAGAGGCGCAGGAGAUGCUCUCUCUCCGUAUCUCUCAGGAGAUGUCUUGCGCAGCGCUGCCCUUCGCUCGUGGCUCAUGGGAGAUCAUCGAUGCAGCAAGGCGAGCGACAGUAGCAACGGAAAUGUGCAGCGACAGAAACAACAGCAGCACAGCAGUAGCAGCAGCAGCAGUAGCAGUAGCAGCAGCAGUAGCAGGGUCACUAGCGUAGGCAGGCGCUGCCGUGUCGUACUACGUUCUUUCAAUCAGCAUCGGGAGGAAGCUCCCCGUUUGGACGCUGCAGGAGCAGUGACAGGAGGAGAAGCAGGAGGCAGCACUUUCCCGUGUUGUUUUAGCAGCCCUGCUGGGGUUUAUGUGCCGCAGCUGGGAGACAUUGUGAGGUACUUUCCUCAGCUGCAUCAGCAACCUCCGCUGCAGCACGAUCGUUUGCAACUCUGGUCACCCCACUUGUUCUCCGCAUGCGACGCUUCGGUGCUGAGCGUCGCCUAUGACAUGCCCGGCCUCCCCGUUGAGGACGAGCCGCUGCAGGUAUCAGCCGUUGUGGAGCUGGAAGUGUUGUCUCCACCCCACGCGGCAGGAGACAGAUUUACGUUGCAUUAUUGUCCAGUCCCCAACGGGGCCCCCGACUGUCUCGUGCUGCUCCUAGACGUGCAGCGGGGACUUUACAGACUGCUGCUGCUGCAGCAGCAGCUAAUCACACUGCAGAGAGAGCGUUUGCUCAGGGAGCAAGAGAGGGAGAGGCAGAAGCAGGAGCAACAACAACGGGAGGUGGAAGAGGGGGCCAGGCGAACACCCAGACGACGGGUCAAACGACAGUUCCCUGACGACGGCAGCAGUUCCUUUUACAGCAGCAGAAGGCAACAGCAGCAACAACAACAGGAGGACAUCUCUUCUUUCCCUCGCAUUCAGGUGUGGAUGGAUGGGAGGUACUAUUCUGCAUUCGUCCGGAGUAUUAAGGCACCAGUCCCAGAAGCAAAGGAGACAGCUCGAGCUUUGCUGGCUGCUGCUGGCCUGCAGCAGCCACCGCAUCAGCCCGACAAAUCGCUGCAAGACAAGCAGCAGCAGAAUUCUGCUGUAGAACCCGGCCGGACCCUUCCCUCAGGCGCUUCCGAAACCCGCAGACUUGCCCUCGCAAGCGCACUUCGAGCUGUUGUGGGGUCGGAGGUUUACCCUCACUUUGUCAUUGACGCAAUCAGUGGCGGGAGCGGCGGCAGCUGCGACAGCAGCCGGGGAAGCAGAGAUAACGGGACUGUCUCAGUUGCUGCUAGCGAUGUUGUAGCAUGGCGGCACGUGGCCUCCCUGGGUUUCGAAGCCUUAGAGAUUCAGUACUUAUCGGAGGAAGCUUCCUCUGAUGGUUCCCCUGAACCCUCAGGAGCUCCUCAGUGGCUCAGCCCUUGGGAAGUCGAGUUUCCACCUGGACCUCAGCGCACAGAGGAGCUGCAGCUUCAGCAGGUGCUGCAACAGUUGGAGUUCCCAAGAGAGAGGCAAACGUUUCUUCUGCAGCAGCUAAGCACGCUAAUGGCAACACCAGCGAAAACUAGUAGGGACAGCAGUAGCAAGAACAAGGCAUUGCUUUACGAGGCGUUUAUAGAGGAUAUUCCUGAGUGGGUAGACAACACAUGCAGCAGCAGCAGUCGCCAUCCGCAGCAGCCCCCUUGGGUGUCAGCCUACUGGAAGGAGAUAGCCCUGCCUGUUUCUCUCUCGCUCGUUCAGAGACGGCUACAGCAUGGAUACUACAGACGAGAGGCGGCCUUGCAUUCCGAUCUGCUGCUGGUGAUCCAUAACUGCCGGAAAUUCAACGCAGCUGAACCCCUGUCGGUGCUGUGCAACGAACUGGAAAGACACAUGUCAAUGCUGCAGUUGCUGCCGCAACAGGAGGUGCAGCAGCAACAGCUGCAACAGCAUAUCAAGGAGCAGUACAAACUCACAUGUCUCCUAGGCGCAGCUAUUGAGCAGCAAGCAGCAGCAAAUGUUGCCUUCAUGGCUGCCCAUGAGGCAUGGCUGGAGCAGCAACACCAGCACCCGCAAGGGCUGCAGGACCAGCAGCAGCAACAGCUGGAAUCGCCACACCAGCAGAAACAAGAGGACACAGGGCUUAAAGAAAAUAGCAGCAAACACUUCUCUGCAGAGCCUCCGGAUGCAACAGAUACAGUAAAAGUACCAGCAUCGAACACUGCUGGCAGGCCCUCCAGCAAUUCGAAGAGCGGCAGGGUGGCUAAUAGUACAGAUCUUGAGAGGAAUACCACCAGAAGCAGCAGACGUUUUGUUCAUCUGGAGAUGCACCUGCAAAGGGCCCGCCGCACCAGAAGGCUCGGAGCUGAAGGGCAGCAACAGCAGCAGCAGCAGCAACAGCAGGCAGAGGCGCAGGAACCGCCGCAACAUGAAGGUUUAGGGAGGAGUCCUCCGCUGGACUCUAAAGAAAGGGUUUCUUCGGUAUCUUCGCAAUCUGUAGACCCUUCUGCCCCGUCUGUCAAGGCGAGUUCCCCCGAGGAGGCAUUGCUGCACCAGCGACAGCAGAGCCAGACGCUCCUGCCGCCACUACAGCAACACAACCAGGAGUGGCCCGUAGCUGUCGCUGUCUCGUACGAUGGUUUAGAAGAGCAGACUGGCAUCUUGAGACCUCGCUCGUGCAGGAUCCAUGGGGAUGACGAUUGUAGUCCCAUGGCGGCUGCUGAGAGUUUUUCGCUGCCGCCUGCGGAGGGUGAUGCGGCCCCUUUGAGGAGUAAACGCCUCCGCUGCUCGUCUUCACAGCGGGAACCGUCGGAGAAGAGGCACGAAUUGCAGCAACAUCAGGAAGAAAGCGUUACUCACGCGGCUGGCGGCACUCGUUCAAGUCAGCAUGCGGUCCCAAGAAGACAAGGCUGCGGGGCAGGGCCUAGGAUUCGGGGACAUAGCGGAAGCAGGCGCUCUGGAGGCAGGAAUUCUCAGCAGCAUCAACUGCUGGGGGAAAACGAUGGGGACAGAGGGCAGGGGAGCCCCCAAGAAGAGUGGGACGAGCUUCAACGCGCAAUGGAAUUAAGUCUUAGGACCUUUGAAGAAGAACAAGCGAGACACAAGCAGCAGCAACAGCAGCAGCAGCAGGUGGAUGGGGGGGAGGGAGCACCAGGUGCCGAGGCUCGUAGCGAGCAGCCUGUUCAUGUUGGUGGCACACCUUCACAGGUAUACAUGACGGGCUCUUCACAGGAAGAGGACUCGGAGGGACUUGUUGCUGCUGAGGGGGCUACGGUUUCAGUGGCAGGUGCAGCGGCACCCGCUGUAUCCCAGCGGAAGGAAAGACGCGGGGGAAAACGAAGCCGGCAAUCCCGAACUAUGUACUAA